AUGGCUACAUUAAUUCAGUCUUACGAGCAACAAUACUCUAUACUUACAGCAGACAUUACGGCUAAAAUAGGUCGUCUUAAGUCUGGAACCGAAGACAACCGUGACCAGCUCAGUCGUGAAAUUCACGCAAAUUUUGAAGAAGCAAAUGAUUUGUUGGAACAGCUAGAGCUGGAAUCUCGUGGAGCAGGAGCAGGGUCCCGUGUGGCAGCCUACCGAGCUGAGCUGCAGCGCGUCAGAGAUGAAUAUCGAUCUGUACUUAAUUCUGGCUCCUACAACUACGAGAAUGAUGAUGUGUUUGAUGACUGGAGUGGAGCGAACGAGCAGCACCAGAAGUUGCUGGACAAUACGGAACGACUGGAGCGCACCGGUAAGACCCUGACGGAGGGCUACCGUGUCGUGCUGGAGACCGAGCAGAUUGGAGCCGCUGUACUGCAAGAUCUCAGUGUACAAAGGGAGACUAUACAGAGGUCGAGGGGAAGGCUCCGUGAGACAGAUGAGCAGCUGAACAGAUCCUCUCGUCUCAUGAACACGAUGGUGAUGCGAGCUCUUCAAGACCGGUUCAUCCUCAUCAUGGUGUUCCUCGUGUUAGGAGUGCUCCUAUGUGUUGGAGUCUACUUCUACGUCACGUAG